CUCUACGCCUUGUAUAGGGCAAGAUGAUGAACUUGCUCAUCGACUUAAAGUAUUCUCGCUAUCUGAUAGAGAAAACUGGACAAUAGACAUUGCUCGAAAUGAUAUCUGCUUAAGUGACGAAGAAUGUAGUAGAUGUUUAUUCGGCAAAGUUAAAGGAGACAUAAAGGCUAGUUGGAUUGGCAUCAAACGCACUAUGUCUCAAAUCUGGAGGUUGCAACAGCCCGUCGAAGUUAAAGAACUCGGCCACAACUAUUUCCAAUUCUUGUUCCAAAACAGGGAAGAUCUUGAGAGAGUUGCAAUGGGAGCUAAUUGGAUUUUUGAAAACCAAUAUAUGAUUCUAGCUGAGUGGCAAAGAGGGCUUUCCAUUAAUCAUCAAGUUUUCCAGGAACUCAACUUAUGGGUACAGGUAUUCAACAUUUCCCUUAACUGGUUGAGUACUGAUGUUGGCUUAAAAAUUGAAAAGUUCUUCCCAGCAGUUAAGAAUGUGGUAGUGGUGGGUGUCGGGCAUCACAAAGGGAAAAUUCUUAUACUUCUUGUCUCUGUUGAUUUAGCAGAACCCUUGCCCCGUUGUGCAAAUGUCCGAUUGGGAGAUGAAGCAGUGACUGUUAGCUUUAAAUAUGAGAAACUGGUUAAUCAUUGUCAUUACUGCGGUUUCAUUGGCCAUCUAGAUAGAAGCUGUGCUAUUAGAUUGCAGGAUAUUAAAAAUGACUCUGUCAAGGAAGGCCAAUGUGGGGAUUGGAUGAGGGCUUCUGAUGGCCAAUUUUGGACAGGUUCAAGCAACUCAGAGUCACAAACCAGUCCUCCUCAAUCUGAUAAACCUCCAUCUUCUAAUCACAACGAGCACAUUCAUACAACCAGUAGCCAUCAUCGUCUAUUGGAAGACCGAAAAAAGUACACAAAACAAGUCCUUUCGUUAGAAGUUAGAAAAAAGCUACAUCUUCUUCCUCUUAUCACUGAUUCCCCCCAGACUUUUGGUUCUUCAUCAAAAUCCCUUCAAGCUCAGGAUCAAUCUCCUUCAACACCAGCUCCUCACAUCAAUCAUCAAACCAUCAAUGCCACUACUCUUUCUAUGGUAGUUGUUGAACCUGUGGUCCCUAUCACAGAAAUCUCCCAGGAGAUGGAGUUAGAAGUUCCAUCUACCAUCAUCUCUAAUCAACUCCUUUCUGACUGUAACAAAGCUAAAACCAAA